AGUUCCAUUAGAACAAUGAAGUUCAUCGGUUUUUUGCUGAUUUUGUCUGCACUUAUUGGAAUAGGAAGUGCACUUAGUUUUACCGUGACUUCAAGAGUCUAUAUGGAUGUCAAGCAGAAUAAGCAGAAACUGGGACGUAUUACCUUUGGUCUGUUCGGAAAACUAGCUCCCAAAACGGUGGCCAACUUUCGACAUAUCUGUCUACGUGGCAUUAAUGGAACUAGUUAUGUUGGAUCGAAAUUUCAUCGGAUCGUAGAUCGCUUCUUAGUGCAGGGUGGUGACAUUCUCAAUGGCGAUGGCACUGGAACCAUAAGCAUCUACGGAGAUUACUUCGAGGACGAGGAAAAAGCACUUAAUGUGGAGCACAAUCGUCCUGGUUACCUGGGAAUGGCGAAUCGUGGCCCAAAUACAAAUGGCUGUCAAUUUUAUGUGACUACAGUGGGUGCAAAGUGGUUGGACGGCAAGCACACAGUCUUUGGAAAAGUGUUGGACGGAAUGGACACUGUUUAUGCGAUUGAAGAUGUUAAAACGGACACAGACGACUUCCCCAUUGAGUCAGUAAUGAUAUCGAAUUGUGGCGAGCUUCCAACGGAGCCAUUUGAGUUCUAUCCCGAUGACUUCAAUAUAUUGGGCUGGAUCAAAGCAGCGGGAUUGCCGGUGACCAGUUCAUUUCUCGUUCUAUUUAUAUUUCACUAUUUUUUUCGACAACUCAACAUGUAUUGCUGACGGAGUGCAUUUCGUAUUUUAUUUUUGCACAUACAUAAAUUUAACACAUAAAUAACUGCAGCACAUCACGUCAAUAAACAUCAAUUACCGCAAAA